AUGGGUGCUAAUUUAUCCGGUAACGUUUCGGAUAGGGAGGGUUUGGUGCAGCCAAGGCUUGGGGAUUUACCAGAGAGCUGUGUGGCAAUGGUUUUGAUGAACAUGGACCCUCCCGAGAUCUGCAAAUUGGCCCGGUUGAACCGGGCUUUUCGCGGUGCUUCAUCGGCCGAUUUCAUCUGGGAAUCGAAGUUGCCACCGAAUUAUCGGUUUAUUGUAGACAGGGUGUUUGAUGAAAAUACUAAGUUGAAAAUUUCAGGGAAGAGGGAUAUCUAUGCCAGGCUUUGCAGGUCUAAGUCCUUUGAUGGUGGCACAAAGGAAAUUUGGCUAGAUAAACACAAGGGUGGUAUCUGUUUGUCGAUUUCUUCGAAGGCGUUAUCGAUUACAGGGAUAGAUGAUAGGAGGUAUUGGAAUUUCAUAGCAAUUGAUGAAUCUAGAUUCCAGACAGUCGCCUAUCUCCAACAAACCUGGUGGUUUGAAGUCGGUGGAGAGUUUGAGUUUCAAUUUCCAUUAGGUAAAUACAGCCUGUUCUUUAGGCUCCACCUUGGCAGAUCCUCGAAGAGAUUGGGUCGCAGAGUAUGCAAUUCUGAGCAUGUUCAUGGCUGGAACAAAAAACCAGUGAGAUUCGAGCUAUCAACUUCUAAUGGUCACCGUGCUGUAUCCCAAUGUUACUUGGAUAAUCCUGGAAACUGGGUCGAUUACCAUGUGGGAGAUUUUGUUGUUGACAAUCCUCAUGCUUUGAUCAAGAUCAAAUAUUCGAUGACCCAGAUCGAUUGCACUCACACCAAAGGCGGUGUCUGCGUAGACUCUGUGUUAAUAUACCCUAGUGGUGUAGCAAAAGAGCCUUAG